AUGGAAGCGGUGGAGAGGAAAGAGGAAAGGAAAGACGAUGCUGCCGCAAGGGAGGUCAGCUCGGUCGAGCAUGUGAACGGGAAGUCGAAACAGGACGGAAGACAAGCAAGUCAGGAGGAGCAUGCCGUGUACAAAGAAGGUAGCGCAACAGAGGACUAUGGGCAUGGGCCCGCAGACGAUGAGCAUGGUGAGAGGGACGACCAACAAAAUGGGAUCAAUGGAACAAAUGGGAGCCAUGGAAUGCAAAGGGAACAGCACAAGGACGAUAAGCAGAGGGCUGACGAGCAAAGGAACGACAAGCUGAAGAAGCUUCGGAGGAUAGGAGGCUCCUGGAUCUCCACGAGCUCCUCCAUCAUCUCCCAUGUCAUCUUCAGCGUAAGGAGGAAGAAGGACUUUGAUGCGAACGCGGUCUUCGACACAAGGGAGUCCAUGAAGCGCCUGAGAACGUUUCCGGGGAUUCUGAAAGGAUACAGACAGCUGUUCUUCUACUGCUUUUACGUGCUGGUGUUCUGGAUUACCUUCUGGUUUCAGAACCAGCCGAAUCGAUCGUAUCAGGUCGUGUCGCAGAUCAGGGGGACGAUCUUCAGCCAAGACUCCAUGCUCGACUCGGUACGGGACGUCACUGCCCUCUGGGACUACUUGAUUGGCCCGGUGGAGGUGGCAACGGCGCAGACGGCAGCAGCGGCUGCUGCCACGACUGCGCAGACUGCUGCUGUGAAGCAGCCCAAGAAGUCGAGGAGGUCAAAGUCGGGAGGAGGAGGAUCGGCGAGUGUAAUCGUCUUUGACUAUCUCUUCCCUGCCGGUGCUGUUGCAAGACGACCAGGAUGGUACAACGAUCAACCCUUCUCCUCAACUGAAGCCGAGAGCAUCCUCUUGAUGAACAAGCUGGUUGGAGGCGUCCUUAUCUUGCAGCAACGAGGUGAAGGCGACUGGAUUUACGUGACAGACCCUUCACAUGUUUGUCGAGCAGAGCAGUACGGGGCCCACAUGGUCUUUCUCCCGGCUUACAACGGCUCAGGGAACCUCCAAGUCCUCUCGGCCCUGCGGGAGAACAGAUUCAUCGACAGGCAGACAACCAGCCUGCAGGUCAAGUUCGCCAUGUACAACCAGAUGCUGGGAUUGUUCUCCGUCGUGUCGUUGACGGUCAAGAUGAGCAUGGGAGGAGGAUUGAUCCUGCCGCACAGUCUCUUCGUGCAGUGCGUGAACUCGGAGCCCUACGCACGCAACGAGGGGAAACUUCUCCUGGUUCUCGAGCUCUUCUUCGUCUUCCUCGUCGGCUUCGACCUGGGCAACAUCUUGUACAGCGCCUACACGUCAGCAAGGAAGAUGGCCCUGAUGGCAUGGCUCACGCAUAUCUGGAACUACCUCGACCUCCUCAACGCCGUUCUCUUCACCUACAGCCUCUGUCUCCGCGGCAUCUACGUGUAUCAGGCAUACAGCAGCCCCACUCCCCUCCCCUCGCCCGACUAUCCGGAGCAGCUGGAGAGGCUCCACACGCUGCAGUCGCAGCAGACGAGCGUCAACGGCAUCAACGGGCUCAUCUGCCUGUUUGUGAUCUUCAAGUACUACGACUUUCAAGACAGGAUGAAGAUCAUGGCGGACACGAUCAAGAACAGCUGGGUGAACCUGUACCAUUUCAUUCUGGUGUUCUUCUUUGUCUUCAUCGGGUAUUCUUUCAUUGGCUACAUGCUCUUUGGGACCUCCAUGUACGAGUAUGGCAGCCUGACGAGAGCAGCUCAAGCUCAGUUCGAGAUGAUGCAAGGGAACUAUGACAGCGACAAGAUCCAGCAGCUCAGUCCAUGGUUCGGUCCCUUCUUCUUCAUCUCCUUCGACUUCCUCGUCGCCAUGGUCCUGAUCAACGUCCUCCUUGCUAUCCUCGUCGACACCUACACCAGGUCCCUCAAGGCCCUGCUGGACCCCGAGUCCCUCAUCGACCAGAUCCGCCGCAUCUUCAAGCACUUCUGGUCGUCGUUUCGGGCGAGGAGGAGCAAGGGGGCUCGUUUGCAGGACUUGUUUGACAUCCUCAACUUGUUCGAGGCAGAAGACUCCGACGGCUUCACGUUCCGAGACCUCGUGAGCAAACUUGACAACCAGUCGCAGAUCGACAGGUUUCAGGCUUUCCUCAAGCCCAAGGCCCAUCACCCGCUGGACGAGGAGGCAGAGAUCUUGCGGUCCCUGCUCGCUCAGCAGGCCCUCUACAGGACCCUGUCGGAGGAGAACAGCUCUCUCAACGCUCGGCUGUACCAGUUGGAGUGCCUGAUGAAGGAGAGGAGCGAGAAAGCAAAGUUCACAUCCCCGCGGGAGAAGGACAAGGUUUGCUUCUCCGAACGGAACCAGCUGCGGGUCUUCAGCAAUGACCUGGAAGACAACACCAUGGAGCCUCGCGCACCGUGUGAAGACGACGGCUUGCCACACGACUCGUGGAAGCCGGACGAUCAGCCCGAAAACUUUCUUGGGAUUCCCCUCUCCUCGCUCGGUUUGUCUCUGCAACUUCCCACCUUCAACUUCCGUCAACCUGCCAUGGACAUUCGCUCCUCGCUCUUCGAGGCACUUGUAGCUUGCUAG